UAGUUUGAACCUAAAUGUUUGCGGUGGUGUUUAGAAAAGCUCGUGUUUGUGAUGAAUGUGAUUGUUAAUGUUGAAUUUGGAGGUAAACUGAGACCAAGUGCCUCCUCCUCCUCUUCCUCCUCGGGCUUUAUUUGCUCCAUAUGGUGUUGGACAUGGUACCCAGGAAAGAAAAAAAAACCCUCUUGUGGGCGGAGGGAAAUCCUAGUAUUUUGUCCGUCCUGAAAUUUGAUUCAGAAGUUCAGGAUCCUGAAAGACAAAAAGCAAACGGAGGGGGAGGGAAGAAAGGCACUGAAGGACGGAGAGGUUUUUUUUUUUUGUUUACAGCAAGAAGAAGAAACUCACCAAAUCCUCCGUAACCUCCGACCAAAGCUGCCACUAUGAGCACCUCAGGGCUUCAGGCCACGAACCAGCAGAACGUGAAGGAGCUCGACAGCAUGAAGGAGUCCAUCAGCGACAUCAUCAACCAGCUCCAGGACAUCGACCCGACCAGGCUCUCCUUCUCCCCUUUCCUGGACCUGGACACUCAGAUCUCUUUGGCGCCUGUAUCAGACAGCCCCGAGUCCUCGGUGGAGGAGCUGCACUCGUCCUCCCACUCUGUCUGCGGCUCCCAGCGCUCCCUUGAACCGCCACCAGCGCCUAAUCAGCCAAGAAGCUCUGCUCCGUGCCACCAUCAGCCCAGCGACGACCUCCAACAAGAGCCACCAGGAGAUCAGACAGAGGAGGGGGAGCUGAAUCCAACCCUUUCCAGUCCCGCCAUCACGGCGCACAGUUUGGACGCUGCCACGGAAAACUGCGUCGGGCCUCCGGCCCCAGCCCCCCAGGGAGACCUUCCCAACGGCACGGACCCACGGAGAUGGAGUCCAGAUUCCACCAACCUGGACUGCACAGUGGACGAGGGCCGACCUCUGAUAGGUCCUCCGCCGGAGAGUGUGGAGCUCACCGUGUGGAGCGCGGAGGGGCGGGGCGACACUUUCGAGGCCACAGGCGAGGCUUCAGAUCCAGGACGAUGCUGCUGCUGCCAGUGCAAAUGCUGUCCGAGCGGCCGGGUUCCAGCUUUCUUCUCGGUCCUGGCGUCUCUCCUGUGUGCAGCCGGCGUCCUCUACGCACUCUACUUCUACGUGCCCAUUAGACCCCCGGACUGCCCCGACGCAGCCAGCCGCAUCGUGUUCACGCUCUGCUGCUGCGUGGUGGCAGGCGUCCCCAUCCUGCUCGCCAUGCUUGUGGGAGCAGCGUGGCAGUUCUGCACAGCCUCCUUCGGUCUGCGGGAGGCGUUUCCAAGGAGACGGGCGGUGCAUCAACUGUUUGUCACAGCCUCCUUGGAACAGUUGCUGCUCUACGUCCUCAACCUCGUCGUCAUGGCCGCUUUACUGCCUCAAGACCAGCUGAAGUUGGUGCCUAUACUGGUCGCCAUGUUCCUCUUUGGAAGGCUAGUUUACUGGAUCAGCCUGAGCGUGUGCAGCUCCUGGCGAGGCUUCGGCUCCGGCCUGACCUUCUUCCCGCUACUCGCCAUGGUGGCUCUCAAUCUGUUCCUCAUGUACACCCUGAAUCUCAAAGAGCCAAUUUUUGUCUCUCAGGACGUCCUGUAUAAUCAGGUCACCCCCUCUUCCUGGUUAGGGGAGACAUCACAGGAGGGGCCGAGUGGCAGAGCAGACAUCCUACCCACAGACAUCCUGGUCGCUCAGUGAGGAGGCGAGCUGCGCUUUCUUCUUUCAGAGGAGGAGAUCUUUUCCCAAAAUAGGCCAUUCCUGUGGUUUGCCGUUCAGCACAGCAACACACGCUGCGACUAUAACCUCCAAGUCUGUGACAGCUUAACUUGUAUUUUUUGCUCCUCCUAUACAUGACUUCUUUUUUGUUAUGUGGAUACAUGACUAUUAUCUGAAAUGAAAAAGCUCUUUCUGCUAGUGGCGGAGGAGGCCUUUGAACAAUGCUGUAGUCUAAAAACAGUUCUCAUUUAAGCUAUUCCAGUGCCUAUAUUUAAUGUUUUAAACCCUAUAAGUACUUAAAAGCUCUGCUAUAUUUAUGGCUAAUUUGGUUUGACCCGAAAAGACACGACUGCAGUUUCCAGACUUUAUUAUGAUCUUAACAUGUCCAGUAGGUUUGUACAUGAUGAAGAAAGAAUAAAAGCCGUUAUU